AUGGCUGCUAUUUCUGAGAUAUCAGCCGGUAUCGCCAAGGGUACCUUGACUGGCACGGAGGAUUCUCUUCUGGCGACAGUCAUAUGGCUUUGUGUGUAUGAAAAUUCGAGAGUUGAAGCCAGACGACAAAGCUCCAUUCAUGCUGCAGCUCUACGCAGGAUCCUCCUAUUACGUGAGCCAAUGGACUACAGGCAUGCAUCCAUGUCAGAACUGAUUUGGGAGCGAAUGUGUGUCGAGUCAUAUAUCUACCACAGUGCUGUCACGACAUUGUUCGACGGCCACACAAAUCUCAUAGAGGACACACUUGUGGUGCUGAAGAAAUUUGGUAGUCGCAUGUCAGCUGCAUUACCGGAUGUCGACACUCUUCAAACGGCCUUGGACGGUAAUGCAUCAUCACAAGCUAUUAUUCAGUCCCCGGUUCUUGGGGCUCCGUAUCAUAUGUUCCUCUUUCUCAUGGAAGGAACUCAACUCGCACGAGAAAUUUCUUCAGGGUAUAUGCCAGACGAAAUACUGGCGUGGUCGCGUUACUACGAGGUGCAAAGCAUGCAAUUUACUCUGGAGAAAACUGCCAGCAGCUAUUACGGUGACUCUCGCAGAUGGAUUGGCAAGUUAUAUGCCGUCGGAAUUCGACUAUUAUUUCUCUACAUUAUUUCCGCUUCAAGACACACCAAUGACGAAAUCCUUGAACACGAUCUUUCAUGGUAUACAGAAUUCGAAUCAACUCUAAAUGAGGCUCGAAAACUGUUGAUAACUACCGAAGAUGAUAUCGAUAGAACCUGGGGUAAAUUCUUCCUAUGGCCUCUCGCGAUCAUCGGCGCUGUGCUUUAUGACGCCAAUGAUAUCUUGCUAGUAAGAAGCUGGCUCGAUCGUGUCAUUCGUAAAAGCAACAGUAGCAGUGUCCUGGUUAUAAGAAAGGUUCUUGAAGAACGCAUCUGGACUGUGAAGCUCGGUAGUGGUGCCGUGAACGAUGCUCAUGGGGAUCAUGCGCAAGGCCUGUCAAUCAUCCUCGAUACCAACAUUAUGAAUCGAGCUGCUGGAUCUCUGCUCAACCAGAUGCCAUAUGACUUUUCAUGUCGCCAAAUCAGAUGA